AUGGCAGCGCCCGCAGCACGACACCCCUGCCUGUGGCACGGCGCCACGCUGCUCCUGCUCCUCCUGCCCGCUCUCGGCACUGCCCUCCGCUGCGCCAACCUUCGCACCCAGCAGACCACCUUCAACUGGGACAGCCUCCAGCUCCUCCUCGCCAUGGCUCCUCGCCUGACACACACCUGCGCCCAACAGGACCCAAUUUUCCCCUUCCCCAACACCCUCCUCACAAUCCAGGACCCACAACAAGCCACCGCCGCCAUCCUACGCAUCCUCGACCACCUCUUCACCACUCUCAGCAGCGAAAACACCCCCGCCCACUGGGACGCGCAAGCGCACCAACAGCUCCUCAACCACAUUGAGCAUCAAAUCCAACACCUCCAGCAAUGCCUGCCAGCUGGAGGCAUGGAUUCCAAAAGCCAAGGGCCCCGCAACACACGGCUCCUCAUCACCAGAUACUUCAGGCGCAUCCGAGACUUCCUCCACAAGCACAGCCACAGCCCCUGUGCUUGGGACAACGUCCGCCUCGAAGCUCAGACUUGCUUCCAACACCUUGACAAGCUCACACGCAGAAUGGAAAGCCAGUCAGCUCCUUCCCUCCAAUCCCAGCUUCGUUCAAAGACUGUCUCCAAUGAAAGCCACAAGCCACCAAGCCACAGGAGGCAUCUUCAGCAAGGACUCGGAUUAUUCAGCACCACUCAGCCCUCUUCCAGGCGUGGCUCCACGCUGCCUGUGAAACAGGCGUGA